GAAGUACUCUGGGGCAAGAGCAUUGCGAUUCCAUCUCCCAAAUGCACCUUGAAUAUCGCGGCUUUUGUGGCAUUAUUUCAUGUUCCCAGCGAGGCGAACAGACAGCAGCAGAAGCGGAUUCACAUUGCGGGAGACAAUGCCUUGCUGAUAAAGGUGCUGUCCGCCAGAACGCCCCCGAAGUCCACAAGGCUACGAAUUUGGUUCCACAAGUGCCUACAGCUAGUAGACAAAGUCAGGGUUGCGUCAUGGACCUUGCUGCCCAGAAAUGCCAACGCAAGCUCCCGCAGCUUAGCUCAGUUGGCGACCGAAACUGAGCAAACA